CACGUUGACGUUAAGACUAAAAGAAGGCAAAGAAGAAAGUAGGGAUAAAAGAGGAAGGGGAAAAAAAUCCAUCGAUUUUAUUUUUUUCUUCCGCUGCCGGUAGACUUGAGUUGGACAGAACCGGUCCUAACAUAACACACCGGAACGAGUCAGAGCUUUGGCCAUCGAGUGAUCUGCUUUCGGACAAACAAUGGCCGUGAAUGUCUACUCCACCUCAGUGACUAGCGAAAACUUGAGUCGCCAUGACAUGCUCGUGUGGAUCAACGACUCUCUACAGAUGAACCUCACCAAGAUCGAGAUGUUGUGUUCAGGUGCUGCCUACUGUCAGUUUAUGGAUAUGUUGUUCCCGGGCUCGGUGCCUGUGAAGAAAGUGAAAUUCGGCGCCAAGUUGGAGCACGAGUAUAUCCACAAUUUCAAGCUCCUCCAGAUUGCCUUCAAAAAGAUGAACAUCGACAAAAUCAUUCCAGUGGACAAGCUGGUGAAAGGCAAGUUCCAAGACAACUUUGAGUUUGUGCAAUGGUUCAAGAAGUUCUUCGAUGCCAACUACUGUGAGAGCGAGUAUGACCCGGUGGAGGCCAGAAAGGGCCAAGAUGCGGCACCUCCGCCCAAUGCCGCCACGUCGGCACUGAACAAGCCCCCGAAGAAGGCCAUCAGUCGGGCUCCUCAAAGGCCUCCAGUUGCCAAAGUCGCCCCGAAGGUGGUGCCCAUAACAGGCAGAAAGUCCGCAAGUGCCACCGCCAACAAGGAGGGGGCAGAGAUCCUGUCAGAACUGGAGGAACUGAGGUGUACCGUUCAGGACAUAGAGAAGGAGAGAGACUUUUACUUCGGUAAGCUGCGGAACAUCGAGCUCAUUUGCCAGGAGAAUGAAGGCCAGGGCGAUCCUGCACUGCAGAGGAUUGUGGACAUUCUCUAUGCUGUCGAUGAGGGAUUUGAGAUCCCGGAUGCCGAAGAACCGGAAGAGUUUUAGCACCAAUAGACCACAAGUUGUUUUUUUUCCUUAUCCCCUCCAAACGUCGACGGCAUGGCCGAUCUUCGACGUCCUCGCUGGAGUCCUGUGCAAACAGACUGCUGCCGGACUCCCAAUUCUUCUGUCAACAAAAUCCUCUUCCUCCAUGCUGGGAAGUAUCUGAUGUUUCUGAUACACAAGUGCAAGAAAAUUCUGUGCAUUUGUGUAAGAAAAUUCUACGCACGUGUUCUUGUAUGUACUGUACUUUUUUUUUGUUUUUUAAUGAUCUAUCGGAAUGACCUUGGACGUCCUGACUUUUUGUUCACCAACCAGGUUGCUUGUCUCUGUUUCUCUCUAUCUGCCUCCUGUUUUGACAUUCCCAACCAGCCCAACUAUUCAAAAAAGAAACGGCUCGCAGUUUUGCUCUAUGUUGUCCAUAUUUGAUUGGACUAUUACUUUUGGCAAAUUCUCUUUUCUCUUGGCGAUAUUGGUCCCUUUUGGUAUGGGACUGUCAGUUGGGUCUUCACUCAUAGUCAAAAAAGUCUAACCGACAGAGCCAUGUUAUCUGUCGUGUUGAGUCCAACCAGGUUAAAUGUUGUGUGGUCAUAGUACUGCGUGCGUGUGUGUGUGUGUGUGUGUAAUGAUAUUUGUAUCAUGACAUUAUCCUAUGAGCAUCCUGCUGGGGACUUUCUCCGGCCGGGUUUGGGUGCUGAAAUGGUGCAAAAAAUUUGAGCGCGUCGAUCAAGACGGUCCUGCCAAAUCCUCGAGUCGUGCCCCAGUCUCAUGCUUUGAAAGCCUUUAACCGAGUGAAUGUUGCACACAAUCAGACGGUGCCUGUGUGUCGCUUUUUUUUUUAUUAUUUUAUUUUGUCUUCUCAUUAAUAAAUAGACUGUUUGCAAAUCA